AAAAAAAAAAAAAAAAAAAAGCGCUUCUCGGAAGAAGCUUGCUAUUCCUGAAUAACCCUUUAAAAACAGACGUGGGUCUCCUUGAUUUGAGCAAGAACUCCUUAAUGAGAAAACAUAUUUCAGGUUCAGGAAACAUGGCAGAUGGUGGUUAUGGUGGUUCUGUUGUGCUUUUUCUCUUCUUCUUUAUCUUCUUCCUUGCUUUCUCAAAUGCAGAAAUUUCAAGCAGGAUAGGGAUAAACUACGGCCGGCUAGGGAACAACUUGCCGUCUGCAUUUCAAUCCAUUCAAAUUAUUCAAUCCAUGAACGCAGGUCGUGUAAAGCUCUAUGAUGCUAAUCCUGAAAUCUUGAAACUCUUAUCAGGAACCAAGAUCCAUGUAUCUAUUAUGGUCCCAAAUCAUGAAAUCAUCAGCAUUGCUUCCGACCAGUCCAUAGCCAAUAAAUGGGUCCAAGACAAUGUCUUCCAAUACUAUCCUGAUACUAUGAUUCGAUUCAUUCUGGUUGGCAAUGAAGUUCUGAGUUGUUUUUCAGACCAGGAAAAGAAUAUUUGGCUUAAUCUUGUCCCUGCAAUGCGAAGAAUUAAGAAUUCUCUUAGAGCCCAGAAGAUUCAGAAUAUCAAAGUUGGUACCCCACUAGCCAUGGACAUACUCCAAACAACCUUUCCACCAUCAAAGGGAAAUUUCAGGUCCGAUAUUUCAAGUACAGUGAUUGUACCAUUGCUUAAGUUCUUGAAUGGAACUAAAUCAUUCUUCUUCAUUGACGUUUACCCUUACUUCGCAUGGUCUGCUAACCCCAGCAAUACAAGCAUCGACAUGGCUUUGUUCAAAUCAAAUGAGAACUAUACUGACCCUGCUACUGGCUUUGUCUACACCAACCUCCUAGACCAAAUGCUUGACUCUGUCAUAUUUGCCAUGACUAAACUGGGCUUCCCUGACGUCAGGUUAUCGAUAUCUGAAACUGGUUGGCCUAAUGCAGGGGGUGUAGAUCAACCUGGAGCUAACAUUUACAAUGCAGCAACUUACAAUCGAAAUCUCGUAAAAAGGAUGACCGCUAAGCCACCAAUAGGGACACCAGCGAGACCAGGUGAAGUCAUACCAACAUUCAUCUUCUCAUUAUAUGAUGAGAACCAGAAGGAUGGUCCUGGAACAGAGAGGCAUUGGGGGUUACUGAAUGCAAAUGGAGCACCCAUAUAUGACAUUGACUUGACAGGAAAUCACCUACAAUCCGAGUAUGGACCAUUGCCUAAGCCGAAUAAUAACGACCCUUACAAGGAGAAGUUGUGGUGCAUAGCAGCGAGAGGGGCUGAUUUGAUGGAGUUGGAUAGGGCAUUAGAGUACGCUUGCAGUCAAGGAAAUGGGACAUGUGAUGCCUUGGAUCCUGGGAGGGAAUGUUAUGAGCCAAUAUCUGUUACUUGGCAUUCCAGUUAUGCUUUUAGCUCGUACUGGGCUCAGUUUAGGAGCCAAGGUGCCAAUUGCCACUUCAAUGGACUUGCAGAGCAGACCACCACAAAUCCUAGCCGUGGGUCAUGCAAGUUCCCUAGUGUGACUCUCUGAUGAUGAUUCAAGCUACUGAAGCCGUACAAAGACGAUUGUGUAUGGUCUACUAAAAUCAUAUUUCCUUUUCUUUUUCUUUUUCUCGAAUUACUUAACGUCAGCUUAGACAUCAACGAGUACUCGUAGGGUAUGAUCUACAGAAUGUUCUCUCACUCUCCCUCUUGUUUUUACGUUUUUUUCGUUCAGUAACAAUUACUGCUUUUUAUUGCUCCA